CCGUGAAUUAGGAAUAUGUAAGAAAUAAGUAUAUAAGAGCUGAAAACUCCUAAUAUCUUUCAAUUGAUUCAUCAACUCAUACCUUCAAAAUAACAACCUUCAAGAAAUAGUCAAUAACUCUCAUCAUGCCUUUCAGCCACGUUGCCCUCCCCGUUGGCGAACACUACGUCGAAAUGCGCGACUUCUACAAGGCCAUCCUCGCUCCUCUUGGCUAUGAAUUCAAGUUCGAAGGAACAGGCACCAAAGGAGCUCAGUACUGCAGUUUUGGUGUCAAGAAUGGCGCUCCAGACUUUUGGCUUGGCGGCGGUGGCCCUGACUUGAAGAAAUAUGACGGGAAUCUUGAGAACAGAACUGCACCAGUUCAUAUCGCUUUUGAUGGUGAGAAUCAGAAGCAUGUUGAUGAGUGGUAUGAUGCUGCCAUUAAGGCUGGGGCUGUUGAUAAUGGAAAGCCCGGACUGAGGGAGUAUAGACCCGGGUAUUAUGCGGCGUUUGUUCUUGAUCCUGUUGGGAACAACAUUGAAGUACUUCACAUGUCUUAAAGCGGUGUAUUGGGUGUGAAUGGGUUGGCGUUGGCGUGUGGGGGGAAGAACUGAAUGGAAGCGAGGUCAGUGAACAAAGUGAUAGUUAUAAAAGUGUUGCCUUGAUCAAU